AUGGCUACCCAACGCCCCUCCUUCAUAUGCGCCAGUUGCUUGCGGACGCUCAAAUCUACAGCGAAACCUCAAACGGUUCGACAAUUCACCAGCACAACCACAUACAAUGCGAAUCAAGAAGAGGACCUCCCGCGAUGGAAACAACCACCUCCCGCCAUGAAAAUGCCCAUUCGCUUGCGUCCAGUGCCCAAACAACCCACAUGGCGUGUAAACACCGAUGAAGAGAAACUCAACGACGCAUAUGAUAAGUUCCUCGGCGGUAUUAGCGGGAGAACUCGAGGAAGGGAUCUCUUGGACGAGGAGACGAAGUGGCUAGCAAUAACCCACAAAUCCCAUUCCCACGGCCGCCUCGGCUUCAACGACCGCCUCGCCUACCUCGGAAAACGUAUCGUCGACCUGCAGACCUCCCUCGCCCUACUAUCCUCGCCCUCCUCCCCCCUAACCUCAGCCUUUGACCCCAACCACGUCUACUCACACCCCUCCCUCGAAGGCCUCGAGAACAUCUCCGUACAGAACAAAGUGCAAGUGCUGGACAAAGUGCGCAUGGCGAAACUCGCGGGGAUGUACGGGUUAGACGGGGUGGUGCGGUGGAAACCCAAGAAGAGCGAUAAUCUGGAGGGGAGUGGCGUGAACACGGUGUUGGCGCAUACGAUUUACAGUAUUGUUGGGGCCGUGGCGAUGCAGAAGGGUGGGGAGGUGGCGGCGAGAGUGGCGAGGGAGAGGGUUUUGCAGCCGUUGGGGCUGAGAUAG